AUGCCGCGAACACGGUCGACCAAGCCUGCGAGCGGGUCGUCGCGACUAGGCCGACUCGCAAAGUCGCUCGCCUCACUCUACCUCCUCGCAGCCGUCGUCUACACCGCCUUUCAGCUCGUACUCGCGCCGACCGUCUCGUACCUGUCGGGAGGUGCGAUACUGGGCCAUGGCGGCGACCGAGAGGCGGCGUUCGGGACUGCAGACCCGAAUGCGCUCCAGCUUCUCGCAGCAGGGUCCGCGUUGGCGCCCUCACAGGCCAAGGGAGCGCCUGCCACGAUGACCAAGCUGAAGCACGCAGCCUUGGAAACGGCAGCCGUCAAGGCGGCCGACAUUCGCAACGAGGAUUCCUCGGAUCCGGUGUGGGCUGCGGCAGAGGCGGCGGCGAAGAAGGGCAAGAAGAAGGCGAGCACGACGUACCGGCGACCCGCAGUCAUUCUCGACAGCAAGGAGCUCGUUGAGAAACGGUUACACGGAUUCGCCGACGUCGACUGGGACAAGGACCACAUGGUCUGGCAUCACCCGACGGCGGAGGCGGCGCACUCGGGGCCUCGAGCGGAUGAGGCGGCGCUUGCGGCGUAUGGCGAUGCUCCUGCAGACGGGAAGACGAUCAGCGAGGACGAGUUCUUGAGCCUGUCGUUCGGGUCGAGCCUCCAGCCGAGCAAGGUUAUCCCCUAUUACUACCGCGCCUCCGACCCAGACCGGAUAGACUUCAACAAGGAGGACAUCACCAUCACGACGCUCGUCACAAGCAACCGCUUUGCCGUCUUUGAGCGCCUCGUCGAGCGGUAUCGAGGCCCGAUCUCCGCCACCGUCCACUUGACCGAAGGCAAGGCGCACUCGGAAAUGCUCCGUGCGCUCGAAACGAUGUACACCUCGUCGCCGCUCAUGAAGCAAUACGUCGACAUCCACCUCGUCUACGACCCCUUCGAGCGGCAGUUCAACAUGUGGCGGAAUGUCGCAAAGUUCUUCGCCAGGACUGAGUAUGUCAUGAUGCUCGACGUCGAUUUCUGGCUCUGCACCGACUUCCGCUCGCGCAUGCUCGAGUCGCCCGAGAUUAUGCAGCGGCUCAAGGGCGGAAUGGCGGCUUUCGUCGUUCCCGCCUUCGAGUUCCACAAGCAGGCCGACGGCGUUGACCCGAACACCUUCCCGUCGACCAAGGAGGGCCUCUUGCAACUCGUCAACGAUGACAAGAUCGGCAUGUUCCACAAGAGCUGGGCGCCGGGACACGGCUCGACGAACUACACGCGCUACUACGCCGCCAAGCCGGGCGAGGUGUACCGCGUGCAGGGUUACACGCACUCGUACGAGCCUUACGUGAUCUUCAAGAAGGAGGGGACGCCUUGGUGCGACGAGCGCUUCAUCGGCUACGGCGGCAACAAGGCGGCGUGCCUCUUCGAGCUGUACCUCUCGGGAGUCUCGUUCUACGUCCUCCCCGACGACUUCCUCAUCCACCAGUCGCACGCGUACGCCGAGAAGGCGCGCAAGCACGAGCGCAAGUACAAUCGCAAGCUCUACACCGACUUCCGCGAGGAGCUCUGCUUCCGGUACCUCAACCUGUUCCUCGACCAGAUCGAGAGCCCGCGGGCCAAGAACCUCGCGCUCGAAUGCAAGAAGAUCAAGGGUUUCGCGAGUACCGCAGCCCGGUACAUUGCCGCCGCAGGCGGUCCUUCCGCUUCGAAGGUCAAGGCGAAGGUCAAGCGAACGACAUAG